CCAAACCAAUGCCGUCCAACUGAACCAGUGGACAGGAGCCACCUCUGACUCGAGAGAACGACUCCCACUAACCGGCCGCCUCAUCUCCUCUUCGACCUUUUUUUCGCCUCCCUGUGUGUGUCCAUCGAACCUUGAUCGCACGCGCGCACAAAUCGUCUCACCGCAGCGGCUCAUCUGAUUCGCAUGCUAGCCGGCCUGCGUGGCUCGUGAAACCGCUGGUGGUGGUUGCUUGCUUUCGCGCCAGUUCUCGCCAUGGCGCCUCCUCAGCCUUUGCGCACACUGAGGCUGAGCGCUCCCGCUGGCCACGCAGCAGUGUGCAGGUGCUCCGCCGCCCCGCUCUUCGGGAAGAGGCUGCCGGCCAUCGUCGCCUUCCCCCGUGCCGGCAGCGGCGGCGCCGUCGCCUUGUGCUCGGCCGUGCAGCAGGAGUCCUCCACCUCCACCACUGUUAGCAAGAAGAAGGAUGCUGCAGACGGUGAAAAGAAGGAAGCCACGGCAGCAGCAGCAGCAAAGCCGGCCGCGGCCGCGAAGCCAAAGAAGGCCCCGGCGAAGCCGCUGCCGGAGAUGAUGCAGGAGGAGAUCAUUCCUCCUCUGAAGGACGCCCUGGAAGCGGAGGAGAACGUGUCCCAGGUCCAGCUUUCCUUCCAAAACAACACGUUGGAGGGUUCCUUCAUAAAGGAUGACGUUCCUUAUUAUUUUUGGGCCUUCUUUCCAAAGGGAGACCUCACAGGACCCAAGGGCUUUGCGCUAUCGUCCUACAGCAACGAAGUCAGCACCAUCGAGCCAUUCCUGAUCGAUGAGAAGAGGAUAACCUCCCAGUACGUGGUGUUCUGGGUUUACAAGAGGCUGGCCGGGCAAGGCAUCCUUCCCGUCUGGAAGGAAGAGGAGGGGGAGGAAGAGGCCGCCGGCGCCAAGUAGUGAGUGAUCUCACGAAGGCCCACACACAGACUGGACGCUGUGAACAUACACAGUUAAUCAUGACCGAAAGUGUAAAGCUGUGAAGUUCAUUUGCUAAUAUAUACACAGUCAAUCAUGACCUGGACGGUACCUUGCCCUUGCGGGCCGGGCCGGUCUUCUAUCGGUUUCGCUUGA